CAUUCUCUCCGCUCGCAGAGAAACAAAGUAGCGGAGAGUGCAAACCCGUGAGAAUGGAACGCGAGGACAGACGGGGAUAAACCAAGACUUCGCAACAUAGUUAAAAAGCACCGAAAACUCAGUGUAAAGGCAUGGAUACUAUCUUCUUCAGCUGUGUCCUACUGUUCUCUACCGCGAUCUGUGUUGGAUCCCAGCUCACGGCUGGGGGCUGUGCCUUCGACGAUGGCCCCGCCCAGUGUGACUACCAGCAGGAGCCGUACGAUGACUUUGAUUGGACGCACAUCAGUGCCCAGGAAGCAGCAUACCUGUCCUCCCAGCUGCCCCUAGGGUCCUAUAUGGUGGUGGACUCCUCACAGCAUGAUGCUGGGGAGAAGGCACGCUUGCUGCUGCCGGUGAUGAAGAAGAACGACACGCACUGCAUCGACUUCAACUACCUGCUGACCUCCGCAGACGGCUCCAGCCCCGGAACUCUCAACAUCCUGGUCAAAGUCAACAAGGGGCCGCUGGCCAACCCCAUCUGGAACGUCACCAGCCCAACAGGCCGGGACUGGCUGCGUGCCGAACUGGCCGUCAGCACCUUCUGGCCCAACGAGUACCAGGUCAUUUUUGAAGCAGAGGUGUCCAGCGAGAGGACUGGUUACAUUGCGAUUGAUGACAUCCAGGUCCUCAGCUACCCGUGCGAUAAAUCUCCGCACUUCCUGCGGCUGGGAGACGUGGAGGUGAACGCCGGGCAGAACGCCACCUUCCAGUGCAUCGCCACCGGCCGCGACGCCGUGAACAACCGCCUCUGGCUGCAGAGGAGAAAUGGAGAGGACAUUCCAGUGACUUACACGAAGAACAUCAACCAUCGCAGAUUCGCCGCGUCAUUCCGUCUGAAGGAAGUGAGCAGUCAGGAGCGCGACCUGUACCGCUGCGUGACCCAAUCACAGCGUGGCGCGGGCGUGUCCAACUUCGCCCGGCUCAUUAUCCACGAACCUCCGCGCCCCAUCGCCCCGCCACAGCUGCUGUCUGUGGGCCCCACCUACCUGGAGAUCCAGCUCAACGCCAACUCCAUAUUUGGGGACGGGCCGAUAGUGACGAAGGAGGUGGAGUACCGCAUGACGUCGGGCAGCUGGACGGAGACACACGUGGUGAACAGUCCCACCUACAAGCUGUGGCACCUGGACCCCGACACCGAGUAUGAGAUCCGUGUACUGCUCACCCGCCCCGGAGAGGGGGGCACUGGCCAGCCCGGACCCGCACUCAUCACCAGGACCAAGUGCGCAGAGCCUAUGCGCACCCCUAAGAGUGUGAAGAUCGCUGAGACGCAGUCGCGCUUCAUCGCUGUCGACUGGGAAUCUCUGGGCUACAACAUCACCCGCUGCCACACCUUCAACGUCACCAUCUGCUACCACUACCACACGAAGUCCGACUGCCUGGACAUGGACCCCAAAGCCCCCCGGCAUGUGGUGGGGAACCUGCCCCCCAACACCAACGUCACCCUCAAAAUGAUCCUCACCAACCCAGAGGGGCGCAAGGAGAGCGACGAGGUGGUGAUUCAGACGGACGAGGACGUUCCCGGCCCCGUGCCCAGCCAGUCCCUGAAGGCCACGUCGUUUGAAGACCGGAUAUUUCUGCACUGGAAGAAACCUCUGGAACCGAACGGAGCCAUCACACAGUAUGAGAUCAGUUACAGCAGCAUCCGCUCGUUUGACCCCUACGUUCCUCUGCUCCAGCCGUCACUCACUGUGACGCUGCCCUCAAACUCCUCCCACCACAUCUUCCCCCAGCUUCACCCGGGCACCACCUACCAGUUCAGCAUCCGCGCCAGCACCUCCAAGGGCCCGGGGCCCGCCACCACCCUCAACAUCACCACCAACAUCUCUGCUCCUACACUGGAGGAGUAUGACGGAUUGGAGGCUUUCCUGAACGAGACCGCCACCACCAUCACCGUUCUGCUGAAACCCGCCCAGGCCAAGGGUGCUCCCGUCAGCUCGUACCAGAUUGUGGUGGAGGAGCUGAACCCCCACCGGGCACGCCGGGAGGCGGUAUCUGGGGACUGUUACCAGGUUCCCGUCUCAUACCAGAGCGCCUCCUCUGGUGGCUCGCCGUACUACUUUGCUGCCGAACUGCCACCAAGCAACCUGCCCGAGCCCUCGCCAUUCACCGUGGGGGACAACAGGACCUACCACGGCUUCUGGAACCCUCCGCUCGCCCCCAGGAAGAACUACAACAUCUACUUCCAGGCUGUCAGCAGUGUGGAGAAGGAGACAAAAACUCAGUGUCUGAGACUUGCAACAAAAGGGGCCACAGAGGAGCCGGAGGUGAUCCCUGACCCAGCCAAGCAGACAGACAGGGUGGUGAAGAUAGCUGGCAUCGGCGCUGGAGCCCUGGUCUUUGUCCUCAUCCUCCUCCUCGCGGUCCUGCUGUUCAAGAAGAGGAGGACCCACUAUUCCUACUCCUAUUACCUGAAACUUGCUAAGAAGCGCAAGGACGCCAUUGGCGGAGCCCGGCAGGAGAUGACCCACAUGGUGAACUCUUUGGACGGCAGCGGUGCCGACCCAAGCACGGUCCACGCGGAGGAGCCUCACUCCGUCACCUUCAUGGACUCACACAGCUUCUCCAACAGAAUGCCCAGUGAUCCUCUUGUGCCGACUGCUGUGCUAGUGCCAAUAACUGAUGAGCCACACCCAGCUUCGGCAGAGUCGAGCCGGCUGCUGGACGUCCCGCGGUACCACUGUGAGGGGACAGAGUCGCCCUAUCAGACGGGCCAGCUGCACCCCGCCAUCCGUGUAGCCGACCUGCUGCAGCACAUCAACCUGAUGAAGACCUCCGACAGCUACGGCUUCAAGGAGGAGUACGAGAGUUUUUUUGAAGGUCAGUCCUCUUCCUGGGAUGUGGCCAAAAAGGAACAGAACAGAACCAAGAAUCGCUACGGCAACAUCAUCGCAUCAACCGCCGACCUCGUGAUGUUGUAUGACCAUUCCAGAGUGAUCCUGCAGCCCAUGCCCGAUGAUCCCUCCUCUGACUACAUCAAUGCCAACUACAUCGAUAUUUGGCUGUACAGGGAUGGAUAUCAAAGACCCAGUCAUUACAUUGCUACUCAAGGCCCAGUCCAUGAGACCGUCUACGACUUCUGGAGAAUGGUGUGGCAGGAACAGUCCGCUUGUGUUGUCAUGGUGACCAACCUGGUGGAAGUUGGUCGGGUGAAGUGCUAUAAAUACUGGCCGGAUGAUGCUGAGUUGUAUGGGGACUUCAAGGUGACCUUCAUGGAGGUGGAACCACUGGCUGAGUACGUGGUCCGAACAUUCACACUGGAGCGGAGGGGGUUUAAUGAGCUGCGGGAGGUCAAGCAGUUCCACUUCACGGGCUGGCCUGACCACGGUGUGCCCUAUCACGCCACGGGCCUUCUGUCCUUCAUCCGCCGUGUCAAAAUAUCCAACCCGCCCAGCGCCGGGCCCAUCGUGGUGCACUGCAGUGCCGGAGCGGGGCGAACAGGAUGUUACAUCGUCAUCGACAUCAUGCUGGACAUGGCGGAGAGAGAGGGCGUGGUCGACAUCUACAACUGCGUGAAGGCCCUGCGAUCGCGGCGAAUCAACAUGGUGCAGACCGAGGAGCAGUACGUCUUCAUUCAUGACGCCAUCUUGGAGGCGUGUCUCUGUGGAGAGACGGCCAUCCCAGCCUGUGAGUUCAAGGCAGCGUACUACGACAUGAUCCGCAUCGACUCGCAGAGCAACUCCUCCCACCUGAAGGACGAGUUCCAGACUCUGACCUCGGUGACCCCACAGCCCCAGCCAGAGGACUGCAGCAUCGCGCUGUUGCCACGCAACCAGGACAGGAACCGCUUCAUGGAUGCGCUGCCGCCUGACCGCUGCCUCCCCUUCCUCAUCACCGUGGACGGAGAGAGCAGCAACUACAUCAACGCCGCCCUGCUGGACCCAUCAGAAGAAUUCAAGAGCUACAGGCAGCCUGCUGCUUUCAUUGUUACCCAGCAUCCUCUGCCCAACACCGUCAAGGACUUCUGGAGGUUGGUGUACGACUAUGGCUGCACCUCACUUGUCAUGCUGAAUGAGAUCGACCUGGCUCAGGGUUGUCCUCAGUAUUGGCCAGAAGAGGGAAUGAUCCGCUAUGGAGCGAUCCAGGUGGAGUGCAUGUCCUGCUCCAUGGACUGCGAUGCCAUCAGCCGACUCUUCAGAAUAUGUAACCUGACAAGGCCGCAGGAAGGCUACCUGAUGGUGCGGCAGUUCCAGUACCUGGGCUGGGCCGGGCACAGAGAUGUUCCCGCCUCCAAGCGCUCCUUCCUCAAACUCAUCCUGCAGGUGGAGAAAUGGCAGGAGGAGUGUGAGGAGGGGGAGGGAAGAACCAUCAUCCACUGCCUGAAUGGCGGGAGCCGCUGUGGCGUGUUCUGUGCGGUCAGUUUCGUGUGUGACAUGAUCAAGCGGCAGAGCGUGGUGGACGUGUUCCACGCGGUCAAGAGCCUGCGCAACAGCAAGCCAAACAUGGUGGACAGCCUGGAGCAGUACCGUCUGUGCUAUGACCUAGCCCUGGAAUACAUCGAGAGCUCCUAGCGGAAGAACCUUCCGGAAGGAGGGGCUCUGACAUUAGUUUCCAUUAGAAACCUUGUGCUGUUGUGAUUAGGCCAGGACUGUGAUGUGCUGUGAUUGCUUUUUAAACUCACCUGGGCCCACACCUGUAGUCAUGCGCUGUCCUGUUAAAGGAAAUGCUUUCAGUGAACAAGCAUAUGCUGCUGAAGUCUCCUCGAUGUUGCAUGCUGAAAUGUUUUCUAUAUCAGUGUCAUUUUUAAUGAACAAUGUGUAUCCUGCAUGUCAAUCGUAAAUGUGAAAGUGGCUGAACUCUGUCUGUGUCCAGCUGUGAGACUCUGGCUUCAUUCAGUCACUGUGCUGAUGGUUAAAUGAGCCAAAGACUGUAAAUAUGUGUGCGUGGCAAAGAAAGGAAAAUAAGCUACAUUUGUAUUUAUUGUUUACCUGCAUUUACAAUCGGUUACAAUCAUUUUUAAGGCUUAAAAAUGAUUGUUUUUCCUGAAUUUACCCAGAAUUCACCUGAAAGCUGUGGAUGUUGUCAGGGUUACCUGGGUUGAAGGCCCUGGCCUCUGUAGUACUGCUGAUGUUUGUGUAAACGCUUGUGAGGUUUAACUCUGCUGCCCCCCCCCUUGCAGUUUUUACUAUGAUAGUAUCAGAUGAGCAGUGCUGAACCGUAGCUGUGUGAGGAUUGGCAGGCUGAAGCAAAUUCACAAGAACAGCAAAGGAACUCAUGUAUCUGGGAGAAGUGAGACUUAAAUAAAAACGUGUGGUUAUAGCAUAUCUAUUUUUAUGUCUGUAAUCAUUGGCUUUGUGGCUGUAUGAAAAAAUUGAACCAUCAAACUUACUUUGAAUAAAAAAGGUAAAAAGGCAA